AAAAAAGCUUUUCGGAUUUAGCGGAAGGUUGGGAUUAAAAAGAAAGGAAGCUUAACGUUCUACGAUAAAGACUCUAAUUGAUAUGUAUUCAGAGACCUUAUUUUUCAUUCAAAAGUUGUUUGUAACUAACAACGCCAUUCGUUUCUUGCUUCAUUAUCGUUAUUUAGGUCAGGGCCUGCAACCCUGCCAGCUAGAAUGUCAACGAAGCCAUUAAAAACACCCCGGACAUUAGGAAAUAGAUCCAAUUUUGAUGAAAUAUAUACUCUUGGGAAUGAAUAAUCUGUAUUUCCGAAAUAAUUGAAAACCAGGAACAGAAAUUUGCUAAAUAUUCAUGCUUUGACACUUAAAGACACAUUAUAGACAACAGAAUCCAUUUUAAUUACUGUGAAAACACUUGUUCGGUGCAGUCAAAACAGAACUCAGCAUCACACAGUUCACCACGGAUGGAAAUCUCAUUUCUUCGCACUGAAAACAAUGCCUUCGAGAAUCGGGUAAGUUUUAAAUCUAACAAAUUAUCUUCGAUAAGGACUGCAAAAAUACGGAAAUUAAAUAAUCCUGAAUUCGACGUUUUCGAAGUAACAGCAAAUGAAUACGUUUAGCUUGAGAUGGCGUCGAAAAAAAACCAGUGUUUGCCAAAUAGAAAAGCGAAACUGAUUUGUUCGACGAUAAAUGCACGCCAUGUCAAACGACCAUUUCGACGGCUAAACAAGAUGUAAUUUUUUCGUAAACAGUUUCAAAACUAGCUCAUCUUUAUUCAUGUUUGCUUUAUCGUCUUAUAUACCGCAAAAACGGUAUCGUCCUCAGUGGGUUUUCGCUUAUCUCAUAGCAAUACUCCAACCGCAGUACUGUCAACAACAUAGUCUAUGGUCGGUUUAUGGUUUCCCCACCCCAAAGUGUGGCCCUGAUAUUUCGAAGAUGGUAUAAUUUCAAUCACAAUUCGGUCGUCAUUACCUUCUUGAGGAUGUCACUCGGUGACAAUACCAAAAUUUAACGAACCAGGUUUCAAUCGCUUAGAGCCACUUAAAUACAAUAGCUGAAAGUCCUUGACUACUUCAUUAUUUAUGACUGAGGUCCUACUUGAAACCAUUUAAGUCUGCUUUAUAACCAUAGUCAAUUCGCUCUUAAAAUAGAAAGUCAACAAUGGAUGAGGGUCGAACGCCUCCCAGGAAAACUUACGAGGCAAUAAUCUUUUUAACGACUUUGUCUGUGCUACAGAUUAAUCUACAUGCUACCAGUACUAUUUUAUCCUGUAAAAACAAAUUCGUCUAGUAUACUUGAAAGCGCCGCAAAUUAUUUCAGCGACGAGGUGAUAGCAAUUGAACAUCGCCGGAUGGCAGAAUCUUUUUUUCAAUUUACACCAGUUUCAUAAUAAGAUGGUUUCUACCGACAGGUAUCAAUUAAGGAAUUUUCAAGACAAUAUGCGAAAUUUCCACAGUUUCUAUAUUGACAUAAUUUGAGGUAGAAAAGGUGUCGAUAGUUUUCAAAAAGCGAACAUCGCCAAAAGAUAAUGACUUGGAUAUAUUUUGUGGCCAUGAUUAAUGUCGACAGGUUUGUAAAAAGCCCAGUGGUGUUUACAGGGCAUUCCUUUUUUUCAGUGUGUUUGGCCAUUUAUUAUUGAACAUCUUAAAUCUUUUUUCAAGCUGCGUAAUUAGUCACCCGCUCACAUACGCCAAGCCAUGCCGGAAAAUGGAAAUUGUGAAAAUGAUUACACAUCCGAGGCGUCAGUCACUACAGUAUUGAGAAAUCCAAACAAGAAUAAAAGUGGCGAGCGUUUUGUUUCCAUUUAUUCAAAAAGGCAAAAAUCCGCAACAAUGGCAAAACAGAAGGACAUCCAAGUGACAAAACAGGUUUUUAGAAGAACUUAGCUAUUGUUAUCAUUGCAAUCUAUUUUAUCUUUUUUUUUUUUGCUAUCGAGAUGGUUAAAAAUGAAUGGCGCGGACAAAGUACAUUUGAGGAAUAGGUUUUGAUGAUCGGUUGACUUUUAGAGUGACAGGCGCAAGAUUGAUUUGACUUCCACCGCAGAGCUAUCCGAGGUGUUGUUUAUCAAUACUGAAAAAAGUUUAUGAAAAAGACAGCUUACGGAAUGAGAGAUGCAGAGAUGUUGAAGACCCUGAGUUUGAUAAGCCAAUGAUUGUGGAGAGUUUGAAGGAACUGCAAAACGUAAAAUCGAAAUUUGCAAACGAAGCUGAUUGCGAGGUCGAGUUUUUUCUCGUUAAUUAAUCCUUUGUUUCUUCUGAAAAAUUUGAUACAAUUUUGAUUUGUCAGUGUUGCAGUCAGGUUACAAAAUCCCAAUUUAGUGGUUUCAUCUACUACUUUGUAAGCUUAACAGAGCAAAUAAAAUUGCCACAAUUUACAAGUUUUAUUAUUGAGGAGAAAAGAUAAAAAUAUAUUUUCUAGGACUGAAAUAUACAAAUAUUUGCUAAUGUUUAAGCACCAUAGUAGCCGAUGGCAAUAUACGCGACAGAUUUUAAUCCCUUCGUCCUUUCAUAUAGCACUUCAGUCACAAAAAUAUUGCGGUACGCAAUUUUCGUUUCUAAUUUGUUUCACCUGGAGAAGGUUAAAAUUGACAGACUAGAAAGCGAAUGAGAAAUGAAGGGAGUGCAUGAAGUGUGGCCUGCAUAAAUCAAAUAUUGAUAGUUCAUUAUUGACAGGAAAGGAAGAGAAAAUACAAAAGAUAAAUGCUGUCCUAUAAAGAAAGCUUGAGUGGCAUUGUGCAAGUUUUGUCGUUUAUCGAGGCGAAGUCAAAUUGGAUUUGAAAAAAGUUUUUGUUUUGAUUAAGGUUGUGUUUUAGAAAUUCACGAUAAACAUUAAGGGAAUGAACUUAGCUGCUCUGAGUUGCCCCGCAGAUAGCUGGCGUCGAAGUGACUGCGAUUUCCUGGGUUGAUUCAACACCCCCUUUUUGCAUUUUUACCUUGGCCUGAAGGAAAUGAGGCUGUUUCAAUUCGUCUAGAUAAUAUUUUCGUUUUAGACAACACACCACCCACAGCGACCUUAUGAAGAAGCGUAAUGUCAGGACAAAAGAAACCUAUAUUCGUAUACAGAAGGCACUUAAUUCUUGGCAUCAUACUAACUUAACUUGAAAAUUUGUCAGUGAAAUUUAUUGCUUCAGAGUCAUAAACUGCACUAUCUCAACAAUAAAUAUUUCACAAAGGACACGGUAAUUCUAUUCAGAUUCGUGACUGCACUUUCGUUUAUUAAUUUAACUCAGUGUGACCUUAAAACCGCCUUUGAAAACAACACAGUGUUUUCACGAAGCCUUAUGUUAUAGUAAUCUAUUCGUCACUAUACUGUGACUGAAAAAAUACUGAUUGAUAAUACAAUUUCCUGAUGACUUCUAAAACCAAGCCUCAAUUGCAAUUAUAAAUUCUUGUGCCUUUUCUUCCAUCCUUCAAUGCUACAAUUUUGGAGUUUAAAAACACUGAUUUGGCGCCAGUUACAAUAUAAAAUGAAAAAAAAACUACCAUUUUGAUUGCUCUUCUGGACAGAUUUAUCGAAAAUGAAGACAUAACGGAGAGUUCUUUUGGUUGACCAAGGAAAACCAAAACAAAAAUUUUCCAAGAAAAUAUAUCAAACCUCUCUUGUGAUAUCUAUCAGUUUUGAUAUGAAUCAAAGUGAUUUAAAAUAAUUGUUUUGGAAGUUAGUUAAAAUGCUUUUCCACCUAAACAGCAUAAUACAAAACAUGACGGGAAAAAUUUGAUUAAGUUCAUUAACUUUUGUAGGCGCUGCCAGGUGAUUUCAACCCCUAAACUUAAAAUUAACAAAAGAACUGUUCCUCUAUGUGUUUGAAGCUCUUUUGAGACACCAAACUCGAGGUUUCAUUACUGGUUUUGACCAGGAAAACACAGUAUUCUAGAAUUUCUCAGCCGCGUUUGGGACAACAAUUCUGCUCCCGAAAAAUUUUAAUAAUAAUGGGCUUGGAACGGAAAAAACGUGUUCUUAAUUAACGUCAAUUAUGCCGGAGUCUCGGUUGAAGGGAAAUGCCUUGGACCCUGCUGUUCCGUGGACGCUUAAAAUUCUCGAUUCUGGCAAAUUUCCUCAGCGCCGUGAUGCGUGUAUCUCCAUACAGUUUUAAGAAUGCUGUAUGCUGCUAUACAGUAUGCUCAUGAUAUUCAGAAAACGAGCCCCAACAGUUUAGUAAUAUUUGUAUCGAUAGAUGAAGCCACACUUUGGAAUAUUGUAGGUACAACUUUAUUGACCAUAAUCACCAGCUUGAGGGAACAUUUUGAUAAUACACCGAAGACAGUGCUUAGAUUGGAAUUUACUAGAACGGUACUCAUGAAGAUGAACUGUAGAGUAUUCGUUUCCCUUGUUUUGAUUGGCCACCACUACAUUAAUGUCCAAAAUGCUCAUUUUUUCAAUUAGUAAAACGAAACCGCGUAAAAAACACAAUAAUUUCCUCAGUGUUUAAGUGGUCGGCAUUUGUUUUAGUUUUCAUCUGCUAUCCAUUCGUUUUAGGCCGGUGAUUGCUACUGAAAGCCAUCAGUUAUCCCGGGUGCAGAUCGAGAAAGAAACAUUGCUAAAUGGGGACUUAAUGUUAAUUAACACCUCAUGCGAAUCUUUAUAACAAGCAUUAGCCCCAUUAUGUUUGAGCCUCGCAACCGUUAAACAAAAUGACAAGAACUUGAUGGAACAUAAUCUUGUGCUUGUCAAAACUGCAUGUUGCAUAUUUGAAACUCUUCAACAUUUCGUUUAAAAGACGUGAGGCGCUAGAUUAAGGCCAGAGGAAAUCUAAUUAGUAACUUGGUUUUUCGCACAUUAAUUUGCUCACCAGCUGCAUGUGGAAAACAGCCAAGACUUUACUUUGACACCGAGCCAGCGGAGAAUGUUUAUUCACGAGAAUACUCCAUGAUGAAGGUCACGAGUCGUGUUACAAGCCCUGUUAAGCAGUGUUAAGAACUGAGGACUCUUUAUGCCGUCAAAACAAAGCCUGUCUGUUCUAAUUUCAGAUUUCAGAAAACACUUCAAUUUAGAGAAUUAACCAGAUGACCUGUUGGUGUGUUUAAGAUAGCAGAUACAGUGCUGACGUGCGGAUAAACUUCAUUUACAUACUUCACAUAACUUGUACAAAAAUAAAUAUAUAAAACUUCACCACCAGCCACGAUUAUUGUCAGAUUCUCCAACACAGCCGGACUACGACGACGUUCAGUUGUUCCGAAAUCGAAAGAGUACAUCAGAAGCCAAGAGCUUGGCACAAUUUACUGACCUGGCGGAAAGUUUAAAGUUGUGAACUUUCAAGUUUAAGCGUUCAAUAAGAGGGUACUUUUCUUUGGGCUGCUGUCGACACCUUACUGUUUUAAAACCAUGCCAAACAUCACUGAACCGACGGAAACUAUAGAGCUAGAAGACAAAGUGAAACCGGGGUUCUACGCAGUGGCUUUUAUCGUGGGGCUCCUUGGAAACUUGCUCGUCAUAAUCAUUGUAGCAGCGAGACGACACCGCCGAACUGCAAAUGAUAUUUUCAUCCUCAACCUGGCCAUUAGUGACCUCGUGUACCUGUUUGUCUGCCUUCCCACGAACGUCUACAUGAUGUUUGCAGACAUUCAGUACGACCUGUUUUGCCGUUUGAUCUGGCCUUUAAUGACUGUGACAGUAAACCUCAGCAUAUUCACCCUAACAUCAAUGGCUGUUUUUCGGUGCCACGUUAUUUUGAAUCCUUUCAAGCCGGAAUUGAGCCAUCGCUAUGUGCUUCUUUGGAUCCUGGGAAUUUGGCUGCUUGGCCUUGUUCUUGUCAUUCCCUUGCUACUGGUGACAAAACCAAAACUUGCUGAGCCACAAGGCUGCACUGAGGUCUGGCCUUCCUUCGCAUACCGACAAGCUUACACUGCCAGCCUCUCCGUGCUGCAAUUUAUGCUUCCGCUGACCAUUAUUGCUGUCGCAUAUGUACGGAUCGGCCUCGAUCUAGUACGUCAAGGGAGACAUCAGGUCCCGGAUGGCAUGGCUAAUCAGGAGAGAAGGCGAGAGAACAUGCAAGUGAUUAAAACUCUAGCAACAAUUGUGAUUUUAUUCGCCAUUUGUAUGCUGCCCGCCCAGCUCGCCUGGCUUCUUCACGAUUUUGCUUUAGAAGAUAACCAAAGCCUGGUAGCCUUCCUGUUUAGCUUCUCUCCAUCUCUGCUGUAUUUCCACAGCUGUUUGAAUCCAAUUGUUUAUGGCACGCUGACCAAGCACUUCAGGCAUGGUUAUAUUCGAUUCUUUUCCUAUAUAUUCUGCUGUGGAUUUUUCGAACUUUUCAAAAGAGAUUCGUCCUCAGGACGCCUAGGUAUCAACAAGCUGUGUGCGUCCUGGGGCGACAGGAAGGAUAAAAGUGAUGAAUGGAUACAACGAAACAACAAUACCGAGACAAUAUCAUUACAUGAAGAACUAUUGCAACACGGUGGGGCAGUGAUGGUGCCAAUCGAGAAAGAAACUGUCGUUUAAUUUCCAAUUCGCAUACACAUGUGUAGCUAUGUAUUUUUAAAUACCCUUAGUUUUUUGUCGCUUCCCUAUUUCAGGUCAACCAAACACACGGGACAGAUUAUCCUACCGUCAUAUUCCAAACAUUAUAAGAUAAGGCCCAAACCUUUAUAUUUUCAAGACUUCUGCUUCAGUGUAUUUUCAAGGAUGUAGCGGGCUUGCUGUUACACGGAACGACUUUUGUGCUUACUGAAACAUGAUUUGGCAGGGACUUAUUUUCAGAUUUUUUGAGUCUUAUAAAUCAAUUAAGAGACAUUGUUGAGUGUAUUAUCAAGAGGUAGAAAUGAGUUCAACUUUGUGCGAUAAUUGCAAAAAUUGUAACAAAGUUGCUUAUACUAUCAGUCACGGCGCUUUUCAAACAUUUUGCACCAGUAAGAUGACAAGAGAAUAUUGCCCGACUAUUACUUUGUUUACACGGAUGCAAAUAAAGACUGCAUUUGAUUUUUUAGUCGUCAGUUUUGGUCACUCUAAACAUAAUACUUCUGCAUUGUGGGGGAGCUACAGAUUGAAAUUAAUUUAUCAUCCUUCAAGAGUCCUAUACCUUCUUUAUCUUAUUUUCUGGGUGGGGUCGAGGCUGUUUUUGGAAGUUUGACGGUAGAUGCCACGUUAUAUGGCUGAGACUAAUCAAUAACCCCUGGAUUGGAUCUUCCGCUAAUGGCCGGGCAUGGGUUGUUGUUGUUUUUUUUUUUUUUUCUGUCCAAGAGUGAGUUCCUAACAGUAGAUUUUAUUGGACUGAUUUGUUACAAAUUACCCACCUGUGAUUUGUUUUUUACUCAAGUUAGGAAUUGUGGUAUCAUCUGUGAUUCCCACGUGUGAAGUGAAUGAGUUGUAGUGUUUCUAAUCUCGGAGGCAGUCUUAGGCCCAGUUCAUACGUCGCAUUUCUGCCGUGUCGAAUUCAAUUCAAUUAAGUG